AUGUCGUUGGCAGAUAAAUAUAUCGAGGCCAUACAAGGAAAGCGACAUGUGACCUUUGCGGAUGAGCAAACGGAUUGGUCCCCCAUUCAGAGGUGGCUUUCCAUCAAGGAUGUUAAAAAGACAGAGGAAGAGCUGGGCAUAACAUGCCGAAGGGGCAAGUUUUCUUCCAAAGAAAAUGAAUGCAUCCGCGAAUUUGUCCAAAGCUAUUUCAAGAACCGCGAGGAAGAAUACCAGCUUUUCAUUGAUCAACUUGUCACACGAAAAAACAAAAUGCGGGACACAAUAGGAAACAUAUUUGUCGAGGCAACUAAAGCACUUAAUAAUGGCCGACCCGUCUUUGCGGUUUAUGACCACAUUCGUCGUUUGUAUCACCCAAAUAACUAUACGGGCUGGACGCCCACCGAAGACGAGCAUCUUAAGCGACUAGUUUCCGUACAUGGUCCAAAUUGGGAGCAAAUUGGCCAGCAGCUGCAAAAGCUCUCCAUCAACUGCCGUGACCGCUACAAGAUUAUUCGCCUCAGCUACAUUUCGGGUAAAAUAUUCGUCUUAUUUGUAGGAAAGUGGUCCGAAGAGGAAGUAGAGCGGCUCAAAAGCAUCAUUUCAGAGUUAACGCGCGACGGAAUGCGCCCGGCCCGUGGGCUGUGGAUUGUUGUCUCUGAGAGGAUGCAAACAAGAUCGGUUCUCCAGUGUUUUGACAAGUGGACCUCGCUUAGCUACAAGAAAACGCCGCCCGUUCAUUUUUGGUCACGUUUUGAGGACUUUAAGCUCAUCAGUGCCAUAUAUGAGCGGUGUUACGCAGAAGAAUCGGAAAUAAUCUGGCGAAACCUGACAGACCCCUCCUAUUCUGCUCGCACACCAACGGCAUGUAGAAGUCGGUGGUUGGUCCUGAAAAAGCGGGUGCCACGACGGAUGAUACUAACUGGUGAUUUCGACUCGGCCCUCGAAGAAUUACUUCGCCAACUUCAUCCUGGCUCCUCAGAUUGGGAGUCUAUCCCCGAGUAA